AUGGCAUGUCUCUAUGGCAAUGGCGCAGAGCGAGUUGAACUCUGGUAUCUGCGAGCGCCCGCAGCCCUGCGGACCGGGGGCCCUCGUCCUCGACGCUCCGCGUUGCGCAAGGGCUCACCGAGCCAACACGGGUGGCUGGAAGUGGCUGCCAACAGGGCUUGGCCGGCCUGGCUCGCAACCGGCUUCGCUUCGAGCUUCCUUUCUCGGCGUCCUUUCCGGAGGUUUCUAAGGUCAGCGACGCUUCUCAAGGGGCUUGAGGAGAUUACCGAGUCCGAGAUUUGCUACGAGAACGGCCACAGAUACAAGAUUUUCUUCGACCAAGUCUUGGGGUCCGGAGCGCAGGGCACCGUGUACAGAGGACGAGCCGAAGAAGGCGAUCCUGUGGCCAUCAAGGUCAUUCCCACGUGGAGACUUGUCCUCGAGCCCGGGUUCGAGGAGAAGAAGCUGGCGUCCAUUAAUGGAGAGCUCGAUACAUUGAGAAUGCUUGGGAAACACGACAACAUUGCCGGGCUGCUUUCCACGGCCACAGUGAAUACCGUGGACCAUGCCGGAAAAGUCCGACCUCGUUACAAAGUCGUUGUCAUGGAGGUGGUGCAUGGCAAGGAGCUUGCAGAACACAUUGCGCUCCAAGGAGCUUUGAAAGAGUCGAUUGCCCGCCACAUCUUCUUGCAGGUCCUCGAUGGGCUCUCUUACAUGCACAGCCGCGGCAUCAUCCACCGGGACCUGAAGCCAGAGAACGUGAUGGUCACUGGCGAUGCGAUCGACCAUGGCAGCCGCGUCAAGCUGAUCGAUUUCGGAGUCGCCAAGUGCCUGGGCCACGGGCCAUUGAAGACUGUGGUUGGCACACCGUCCAUCAUGGCACCAGAAGUUGCCAAAGCAAAGUUGGGACCCGUCAACGCGGUCCAUGCGAGCUUUAGCUGGGAUGGCCCGCAACCAGGUGUGUCUGUCUUGUCGCCGGCGGCUGACCCCAGGUCUGAGCCAUUCUUCUGUCCGAAGGUAGAUGUUUGGUCUGCCGGCAUUUGCCUGUACACCUGCCUGUCGGGAAAACUUCCGUUCAGGACGGAGCUGGAAAUCAUCAGGUCCGAAUAUGACAAGGCUGCCCUUGUCAAUUGCUCGCAAGAAGCCAGAGAUCUUCUUGAAAGGAUGCUGGAGAAGGAUGUUUCAAAACGCCUGAGCAUUCGACAGUGCCUGGCCCACCCGUGGGUGACCUGCUCCGAAACAGACGGCUGCACGGUCGACUGGGACACAUGCCCACGGACGGGCGCUGCCUUUCUCCGCCGAGGCUGCAGAGUGCCGGAGGGCAGCUGGAGGUGGACGAAGCUUGCGGCGAGCCUCUUUACAGGCCGCCAGUUGGCGAAGGCUGCCUUACGCUCGACUUCGGGCACGUUGCGGCUUCUGGCGGGCUGCUGCGGAACGAGGUGCAGCUGCAGCUUCGUGGAGCCCAUGUCCUGGGAACGCUGUAUCAGCAAGAUGUGGCCUCUGAUGGGACAGCAGAACUGUGGCUGUGGACCCUGCGAGAAGGAUCAGAGUGAAGCCACAAGCCGAGUGGAAUAUGGUGGCGGGUCGGGAUAUGCCUUGGACAAGGCAGCAGAAGAGACCAUUUUCGAACCACCCACAGCGCCUUUAUCUAUGAAAGGCUCCCCGAAGGCUUGGGGCCCAGUCGAGGCAGAAGCUUUGGCUACGGCGUUGGAAGAAACCAAGUCCUCGCUCAGCAAAGCUUGGGCCAAGUUCCGUGGUGAAUUUGGUGUGCAGGUGAAUAUCUGGGGCAGCCUCGCCAUAGGAGGGCCUCAGCGAGGCACGAACUCGAAGCAGAAGGACCGAGAGGCCGCAAAGAAGGCCAUCGAGUCGGCUCUUGCCCAAUUUGAGUCCGACCCCUUCGAGGCAGCCAACUCACUCCAAACCGCGAUCAGCGGUCCGGCAGCGAAUGCUCUAAACAAUGCUACGCUUGCAGCUGCGAAGAACAUCCAGACGAUGACACUUCAAGCAGCAAGGAGAGAAGAGUUGUCGACUUUGAUGAGUCAAAAGGACACGGCAGUGAAAAUGGCACCGCUGCAUUUGCAGCAACUGCUGGAAGAAUGCCGUCUUGAUGCGAAAUUGGAUUCGACGGUGAGAGCAGAGACACAAGAGCCACCUCUGACCAGCGAACUGCUUUGGCCGGUCAGCCUUCAAGCUGUCUUGCAGAUGCCAAGCGAUGGGCCCAUCGAAUUUCAUGCGGUUUCGGACAAAGUGGAUGGUGGCGAUGUCGUGGACCAUCAAAUGUCCUUGACCCGCGCGCAGUUUACCCUCAUAUUGGACGUGUUGGCCGAGAAUAUCUGCUACACGGGACGAUCUGGGUCACAAACGACAGGCUCAGCUCCAGCUCGCGAGCCAGCCCCGACAGGCGGAAAUGCACGCCCAAAGAGUCGGGGCUUUCGCUUUUCCUGGAGGUGGCCUGGCGAGCUGAAAUUUCACGUGUCCUUUACAGAGGCAGUACCUUUGGCAUGCCUUCGGCUGCGCGACGGAAUGCUCGGAUUUAGCAGUUCACCCGCCGGGACGGUCUACGAAUGGAAAAGUGCGAAGCUGGCAGUGGUUGACUUGCGGACACGCUCCAAGAACGUGGUAAAGACACUGCUGGAGUGCGUGGAUACAGAUAAUGAAGGUGUUCUCGGCUUCAAGGUGGAAGUCAAUGUACCAGUGGACACGGACACAUUGGCUGUGAUCCAACUGCAGCACCCGAGAAUGCACGUGCUCCCCCAACUAGUCAUGGACUUGGUUACGGCAGGCCUUUCUGCCUGGCAGCACUGCACAUUUCGCAAUGACCGAGCAUUGCCCAGCACAACACAGCAGAGGGGCUAUCCUUCUGCCGGUGAUACGAAAGUUACCGACAAGCGAGGUACUCGAGUGCAGGUCAACUUUCUUGAUGGCUCCUUCGCUAUUGCAGAGAAGUGGGCUGAGCCGACAGAGCACUUCGAGUUUGCUGGAAGCGUCUUGAUACACAUCCUCGUGCAUGCUGAGGGCAUUCGCAUCGAGCGCUUCGACCUCGAAAGUGGUGCUUUGCGACUGCGGUCUGCAAGGAGAAGUCCCACGACCCUGUGCCCAUGUUUGGAGUGGUCGGUCCGCGGAGAUCAGUGCCGUGUUGAUGAUGGUGCCCGCAUGAAGAGACACACAACAUAUGAUCUGCGCUCUGUCAUCAUACCGCCAUACGCGAUUCGGAUGUCUGCGCGAGAUCAUCGGGCCAUGGCCAACUCGUUGCUGGAGCUUUUCAGCAUGGAUGCUGAGUCUGCCGAGCCGGCUUCCGAAACGCGGAGUCGAGACCCCUUGGCCUUACAAUUGGUUGAGAAUCGCUUGACCUUGGUGGCCGAAGUGGCCAUCGAGGGUGCAGAGGUCCAAGUCCUUGGUGAGGAAGGGGGCAAUGAGUGGCCGGGCCUGUGUGCUAACGCUCGGUGCCAGCUGCUGCAGCUGACGGUGGACAACCGACAAGGUUCAGCACCAACCAUCAACCUUUUUGGCAAAGAGCUGGAAGUGGACAUCAGCUCACGCAACCACAGGCUUGGUCUUUGGGAACCAGUCCUUCCUCGGUGUGGCCUGCACUUCUCUUACCACACACAGCGCAAGCCGGAUGGAGGGCCUCGUGAUGUCGUGGUUCGUGCAGAUGUCUCAGCCCUCAAACCUGUCGAACUGGUGAUCAGUGCCCCAUUUGUACAUUUGGCCAGCCGAGUUUUCAAAGAGAGUGUCGAGGAAAUGCAGUAUGGGCAUUUGUUGGCUGGCGUCAAUAUCUCUGGUCUGACAUGCCUGGUCAGAGUCGAAAGUGCAGACAGCCCAGAGGGCACAGUGCUGCCAUCGUGCGCGGAGGCGCAGCCAUUGGACAGCCUGCUGAAGGGCCGCGGCCGUGCUGCGUUGCUUCGGGGGCGCAGCUUGAAGCCAAGACCAGACCAGAGGUGGUGCCGCCUCAUGGACGAGGCUGAGGAAGACCACAUCGAUGCUAAAUAUUUCCUGUCCAUCCUGCUGGUGUAUGCUGUGGCGUCCUUCUACUGCGUUCAGAUCCCACGUCAAGGAGGAACUGUGACACAAUCCUACGAUGCGGAGCCAUGCCGGCUGCAGUACGGACGAGAGGUGGAUGUCACAUGGGACACGAAGACAGCAGGCUUCCUCAUGUGCCGACUCGUCAUGCCAAGACCUCCACAGCUGGUCUUGCUCAUCACCUCCACCGUGUGU